AUGCAAGAGAGAAGCAAACAAUAUCACAGCAGCCAAACUGAUUUACCAAGGACAUGUGUAUGUAAUUCGGGUGCCGAACAUGGCGAUGGACGACUUCGGACACUAAGAGGCGUGAUGCUGACCGAGACAGCAAGGCCACAAAGGGUGCGUUGCGUUGUGGAAAUUUGCACUCUCAACUGUUGA